AUGGACGAAUCGUACGACGUUUUUGACGACGACAUGUCCGAUCUGAGUUCUUCCGGCCUGGAAGAUAGCGAGCAGUCCGAUUACGAAGAGAAUAAUGCCACAAGACAUGCGCAACUUUCAUUUAAAAAAGACGAUAGAGUUCUUUGUUAUCAUGGACCCAUGCUAUACGAUGCAACAAUAACUGAUAUUCGUGCGAUAUCCGAUGAUUCUGAUGGAGAUGGGCCGCAAUACAAGGUCCAUUAUACAGGGUGGAAUUCCAAAUGGGACGAAUGGGUUAGCGAAGGAAGGCUUCUCAGAUUAAACAAAGAUAACAAGGCCGUGCAACAGAAGCUAAAGAUUGAACUGAUGGCAAAGGAAAACAUUAAUGCUGAAUUGCUAGAUGAGUCCUCGUCCGAAAUCUACGAGUCAGAGUAUGAAGACGAUGAGGGCGAGGAUUACUACGAUGAUGAUUAUCCCGACGAAGAGUGGAGGUUACUAUUAGAAACCUCGAGUCAUACAAAGACAAAACUCCUUGAUGAUUGGGAAUAUAUUACCCUUCGGUUUCAGUUGAUAAAAAUGCCAAGAUUGCCGACGGUAGACAAUAUCCUGGCCGAUUAUCUCGAGUACAGACUGGACAUGGAAGAAGAGGAAAUUAAGAACGGUCGUAAGGAAAUGACCGAUGCAUCGAUAAUAGAUGAAUCUGCAAACUCGGCAGUAAAGCAUGAAGUUCCUGAUCAGAACGUAAUGAUGUCUGUUGACUCUGACUUGAACAACGACAAGGACGAUACGACGGCAGUUAAAACGAUCACAAUCGAAGAAUUAUGGGAACAGCGAAUAUCCGAAUUACGGAGUCUUUUCAACGUAGCUUUGGGCAGACAGCUACUAUAUCGAUUUGAGAGAUAUCAGUUUGCUAUGCUUUGUGAAAAUCAUCCUGACAGUGAAUUCUCUUCGCUGUACGGCGCCGAGCAUUUAUUGAGAUUAUUAGUAAUGUUUCCAUCAUUAAUCGAGCGAUCGGGAAUGAGUGAAGAACAGGACGACUUGACGAGAGAUUUUAUAUCGGAUCUUGUGACAUUCAUCGAAAACAAUAACGACAAGUAUCUAUCCACUCAGUAUGAGAACGCAACUCCAGAGUAUAUUCGAUUCACUUGGGAAUACUAG